AUCAGGUCACGUCACUGCUAUAAUCGCAAUGACGGCCGAUAACACUCUAUAUAAAAGUAAACUUAUAACAAGUGGUCGUUCUUCAAGGGAUGAAGAUUUGUUGAAAUAUUUUGAUAAAUAUGACAUGACACAUAAAAAGCCAGGUGUUGCCUACAUCUUCAACAAUGAAAAUUUCAGAGACCCAUCACUAAAUACUCGUCAUGGCUCAUCAAAAGACGUACAAGAUUUUAAAAGAGCAUUAUUAGGACUUGGAUUCCAUGAAACUGAUAUCCAUGUUUAUACAGAUUUAACAGCGAUCGAAAUGCUCGAUACUUUGCAGAUGUUUGACCAAGAUAAUCCUGACAUUGAUAUUGAUAGCUUUAUUUGUGUGAUUCUGAGUCAUGGUAGUUCAGGCGAUAUUAUCUAUGGAUACGACGAUGUUAUUGAACUAGACAAAUUACUUUCUUGCCUGAGACCCGAUCGUUGUCCAUCUUUAAAAGGAAUACCUAAAUUAAUCUUCGUUGAAGCCAGUAGAGGAAAUAAGCUUGAUUAUGGAGUUGAAACCUCGGAUGCUGCUUUCGAGGAACCGGAUCAAAAGCCAUCCCAAAUUCCAAUUAUGGCUGAUAUGUUGAUCGCUUAUUCGUCGUUUGCUGGAUAUCAAUCUUUCAGGGAUAAAAAGAGAGGUUCGUGGUUUAUGCAAGGUCUAAGUAAAAUUUUGAUAGAAUAUGGCACCAAAUACGAAAUCAUGAAACUUUUAACUGCUGUGUCUAAUUAUGUUGCCGCUUUAGAACCCCCAAGUUUGCGUAAUUCGGUAUACGCUGGCUGUAAGCAAAUGCCUUGUAUUACAUCAUUGUUGACUAAACAACUACAGUUUGUACGAAAGAACAAAUCAGAUUGAAUGUACAUUUUUACUCUAUU